GCAAGUUUGUAAUGGUGGAAGUGGUAGGCAGAAUUUUCGUUUCGGGGCAUUGACGUCGUUAUUCUAGUUAUUUUAUGAAACUUGAGUAGUGCUGCUUAAUUAUGGUAUUCAUGCGGUUAACCAAAUAAGGAAUAAUAUUGUUUCUGGGAAAGCGUAUACUCGUAUAAUCGCGACGUGAUAUUUGACAGAUAGUACAAUGGCUGCAACCAGGAGACUUCAAAAGGAAUUAAAUGAUAUAAGACAAUCGGGAUUAAAAUCGUUCAGGGACAUCCAGGUAGAUGAAUCAAACAUCCUGACAUGGCAAGGAUUAAUUGUACCAGAUAACCCACCUUACAACAAAGGUGCUUUCCGGAUUGAGAUUAACUUCCCUGCUGAAUACCCAUUCAAGCCGCCCAAGAUUAGCUUCAAGACAAAAAUCUACCACCCCAACAUAGAUGAGAAAGGCCAGGUCUGUCUGCCAAUCAUCAGCGCUGAGAACUGGAAGCCAGCCACCAAGACUGAUCAAGUUAUCCAAGCCUUAGUUGCUCUUGUCAAUGAUCCCGAACCAGAGCACCCGCUGCGCGCAGAGCUUGCCGAAGAAUUCCUCAAAGACAGAAAGAAGUUUACGAAAAAUGCAGAGGAGUCUACUAAGAAACAUAGUGAGAAGCGGCCUUCAGACUAAGCUCAUUGAUUAGUCGGUUGUAGCUUGGAUUAGCAGCAGUGGGCAAGUCAUAUUGCUGUUUACUGGUUUACCUCCAUUUAUUUAUAUUAUUUACUAAGUUUUCCUGUCCCUGUUAUGUUACCCUGAGAACUUGCAUUUUGUAGUUAUUAAUAAUACUGUGUCAUUAACUUAUUUAAGUCACAAGUCAUUCAUUUGAGAAGAUAGCCUUAUUAAAAGUAUGUUUAUAUGUCAAUAUGCAACAUACCAAGUCAUGUCAACUAUCAGGGGGCAUGGCAGUGCCCCCGCCAAGUCGACCAAAACAAAGACGCAUGGCCGUACCAUCCUUUUCCCGAAGCAAUUCAGGUGAUAAACAUUUCAGUAACACUGCUGUUAAUUCAGCUACAUCUUAUCUUCUAGCAUUGAAAUAGCUUUUCACUACUAUGUUGCUUGUAAUAACGAUUGUGCACAGAUUUAUAAACACUAAGCAAUUAGUGACGCAAUGGCGGAGAUGAAAGCUUAAACUUAAUGCUUAGUCUUAAAUUAGAGGUUUGGAAUUGUAUUUAAUAAGUCAGGUAACUGGAAAAUUUAUAAUUAUUUCAAUACUUGUAUAUGUCUCAAAAUAAGUAUUGUAGUCAAUUUGACCUUAAGAGACAAUAAAUCUAUUUUUUCGUAUUAUUUCGUAAAUCUUAUGCUUGGUGUCUAAAAUGAAAAAUAUGCAAGUGUUAUGAUCCUGUCAGGAUUUGUAUACAUGUAAAUAUUUGCAUUAGAUGGUCAGAAUUAAAAAAUUGAAGCCAGAGAAUUGAGCGAACAAAAGUUAAAUGUUAAAGCUGUUUUCUUGAUAGUAAUAUGCAUUUUAAAUGGUAUUGAUCAAUGUUACUGAGAAGGCUUUGUUGGUUUUUUAUAUUUGUAACCUGUCUAUUGGAAACCCUUUGGAAAAUUGGUUGAUUUUGAGGAAUGCAGCUACCACCUGUCUCAACUGUUGUGUAGUGUCUCUACUGCAUUGUGUAAGUAAUAUUGUUGGUCCUAAAUGUUAAAUGUGAAUUUGAUAGUGAUCAGUCCUUGAUAUGUAUUAGAAUAUUUUUUAAGUUGAUAUGUUACUGGAUUACUACAACAGGUGUGCUGAUCAGUUCAGUGAGAACUUUAAAUAUAUAUUUUUUCCGAAUUAAA